AUGGCAAACCGCGCCCCUGAAGCCCCGAUGUCCACUGGCCCGGUCGUCCCUCUAUACAUGGGGGCCUACGAGGAACUCAACACCCUCUGGACGACCAGGGAGAGAAACCUAACGCUCUCCUACCUCAACCACACCAACCGCGACAAAUGGAUCAUCUACUGCAUCCGUUGCCUUGCCGUGAUCAUGGCAGGACCUCCUCAAGAGGGAUCGGAGCCUGCUUCAAACGUGCCUCGCCCUCACGCGCCGGCGCCGACUCAAGCUGUUUGCCCUGCGGUUCGCGUCCUUGAGAUGCAAAGCGCAAGCACGGAGAUUAAUGCCAUCUGGCACAGUAGAGUGUACCAUAUCAGCGUCAGGUACAUGAACAGUCCCAACCGCGACGGUUGGCUGGUUCACUUCGUCCGUUGUUUGGCGAAGAUUGUGGAGGGCCCGCUCCGGACCCAGCCUGCCGCUCCCGCUGCUGGAAACGCAACGAGGGUACACCACAGUGUCACCUAUGAUCGGCCGAGGUGGUUCAAGACCGAGGGCAAUGGUACCAUUACCAUGUCGUACGGCGUACAACUGAACGGAGCUCGCGUCACGCUUUGCCUUCCUGCUGGUGCUAAGCUCUACGCUGCCAGUUUUGCCAGGGUUUCUGUCCUUGCGGACCAUGGCUAUGCGCCUGUCCCUAAAGGCGACAUCAAGACGGAGACUAGAGAACCUGCCAAGCACGCUGCCAGCGUCAUUCAGUGGCGUGAUCUGUCGAGCAGCUUUUCAGUCCAGCAGCUCCAGCAGCAUCCUACCACCGUCAAGCAGGAACCAUUGGCGUGA